UUCUUCGCCCAACCGGUGACUGCAUGUGGAUCUAGCUGUCCAGCAGUGACACCUGCUGGUGAAAACAUGAAACAACAGGGUCUUUAAAUCUGUACUCUUGGGAUUGUUGUGAUGAAGACACAGAAUAUUUUUGUUUGUUUUGUGCAGCUAAAAAUGCAAAAUCACGACGUUUCAGAAAAUAUACAGAAUGAUUUAAAGGUGGGAGGUUGACCGGCAUCCAGUAUAUAGGUCACUAGUUUAAUUUUAGCCCAGGAGCACCUGUCCUUGUCAGUACCAAUGUGAUUGUAAUAAAGGCUCAACAGAGUUGGAAAAUAAAUUUGGAGAGAAGAAAUGAUGUCGUUAGUAGUUAUUUAAAUGUACAUGCGGUCAGGAAUGAAUAAUCCACAGGAUAAUAACACAGUUUUUCCUACCACUCCUUCUGUGAAAGAUUUGGUGAAGGUUUUGUAUGGUGGAAAAAGGUUUGGUAACCAUGUGGAUGAAGUUUGGCCCAGCCUCUUCAUUGGUGACAUAUCGGUGGCCAAUGAUCGCUACAGUCUGUGGAAGCUCGGAAUCACUCAUGUUUUGAAUGCGGCCCAUGGGAGGAUGCACUGUCAGGGGAGCCAUGACUUCUAUGGAUCCACUGUGGAUUAUUAUGGAGUGCCUGCAGAUGACUCACCGACAUUUGACCUCUCUCGAUAUUUCUUUCCCUCGGCCGAUUACAUUAAAGAUGCACUUAACAUGCCUGGAGCUCAGGUUUUUGUCCACUGUGCAGUUGGAGUCAGCAGGUCUGCUUCCCUCGUCCUGGCACACCUAAUGAUCCACCACCAUUAUACCCUAUUAGAGGCCAUCAAUGAGGUCAAAGAGCACAGGUGGAUUUUUCCGAACAGAGGAUUCCUCAAACAGCUUCGUGCUUUGGACAUGAAACUACGCAAGACACCAUGAGAACACUUGAAUGAGGGGGAAAAUCUGAUUCAAUUCUUAUUCUAAUUUACAUGCCUAUUUAACUCAAGACAAGUGACGUGAAGGACUUGCCAGUGGAGGGAGAUACUGUACUUACUUGUUUCAAGAAUGUUAUUGCAUGACAUGUAGUUUUCCUUCAUGGUGUUGUGUUUAAUGUGAAUAAUGCAGCCUUUUCACAUUAUUACAUUAUCAUAGAUCAGUGUAAUUUCAUAGGCAGAAUACAUUUUAAGACAAAUGGACUUUGACAAUAUCUUAAAGAAAAACCACAUUCAAUACAUUGUUGGUCAAAACGACAAUGUGUAUUAAAUAUUGUAACUUUUUAUUAUAUUUUUAUUUAACAUUACUCUUUAAUUUUAAAUCCCUCUGUACAACACACUCAUAAAAUGUAACUACUGUACUUAUUUUACAGCAUGAUGUGUUUUGUUAGAUCUCUCCAGUAUUACUAAAUUUCAACAGCCUCUAAUUUAGUCUUUGUGAAUUAAUUAAUCUUCAGUUUACAACAGUCUUUAUUUAUAAGUAGAGUUAUGGAUAUUUUAAAUGCAUAUUACUGAUUUCCAACAGCUAUUAAUCAUCAUAUAAACCAUGAUAUUGACUGUACAGAAUAUCCGCCAUGUUCCCAUUAGUUCCAUUUAUGAACAUUCUUAAACAUGCCUGAGAAUGAUUUUCCUCAUACUAACAAACAGCUGGUAAAAGCUUUUCAUGUGUUCAUUGACAUAGUUGAAGAAGAAAACAAUGUUUAAAUCCUUUCUCUUAUAGGUUGCAAAGACAUUUUACGUUGCUAUGCACAUAUGCUACAUACAUUAAUUAUGUUUAUAUACAGUGUUUAGCAAAUAUAUACUAAUUUAACCCCCGCGAGCAAUUACCAUAUGUAUUUGUGAUUGUGACUCUGCACAUGCUUCAUAUAAAGGACACAUGGAUUUAACCCACGCACUAAUGUGAUCAUCGCCGCUCCUUGUAAUUAGCAUACUGCCCACAUACACGUGUGCUCACACACUUAAAGUGGGACAGGGAACAUGGUGCAACAUGAGACACGUCAACAUGAGCCUAUUUGCAUUUAGCCCAAAGCGCUAGGUAUGAAUGCACAGCCUCACAGAGUCACUGUCAUUGUCAUAGAUCUUUUUUCUUGUUCUUGUACAAUGAGAGUGACCCCUCAGCCUCAUCUCUGAUUCCACAAGGGGGGGUGAAGAGGGUCAUUAAUCCACACUGGUUUUGUCAAGUGUCAUUUUCAUAGAGCUGAAAUAUUAAUUACAUCUUGCUUGGAUCUUUACUGAAUUCAUUUCAAAACCUCCUUUUGAGAAUUUCUGUGCUUUAAAAUAAAGUACAAAGUGUAUCACAAAAAGUGCAGCAAACACAACUCUACACACACACACAGGAUUUCACCUGUAGGUAUGAAUCUGUUUCUGCCAAUUAUUAUGCACAUACCCAAGAGGCUUUAGCUCUCUCUCACACACACACACCACGGUA